ACGGCCGAGAACGGGGUACCUAUGUCCGCCGUGAUUCACCAAAAGUACCCCCACAUAACCGCCUCCCCCUGCGUUCUAAAAGUUUCCCCGUUCGUACCGUCGUCGCGAAGUGGUGCGAGUGUGUGUGAGUGUGCGUGCGCGUAGUACCGCCGCCCCCCAAGCAGACAUGAACUGUCGCUGAGAGUGCGGAACCGCCGAGAUUUGCUUGACACAGAAUAUGCGCGGGUGCGUCUACCAGUGACGGCGUAUCGAAAAAUGUCCCCGUGCCGGCUGGCGGGUUAUUUCUUUCUCGUCGUCGCCGUCGUCGCCGCGACGGAGCACACCCGCGACCUGGAGAUAUCGGAGGGCGCCGCCGUCGGCACCAAGAUCGGUUUUAUCGGGGACGGGGUCGCGUCGGGGCCGCCCUACCUCAUCGUCCCGGUCGGUAGCCACGUCGACACUGAUCUCCAGAUCGAUCACACGACCGGCGAGAUACGCACGAAAGUUCCGUUGGACAGGGAGACUCGAGCCAGUUACUCCCUAGUCGCGAUACCGAUGAGCGGCGACAACGUUAAAGUCAUCGUCAAGGUCUCCGACGAGAACGAUAACGCGCCUACGUUCCCGACGCCGAUCGUCCACAUCGAGUUUCCCGAAAACACACCGCGCGACGUCAAGAGGACGCUGCCGCCCGCCAAAGACCUCGACCUCGACCUGUACAACACGCAGAAGUACAACAUCGUGUCGGGCAACAAAAACAACGCAUUCCGACUGUCGUCGCAUCGCGAAAGAGACGGCGUCCUUUACCUGGACCUCCAAAUCAACGGAUUCCUCGAUAGGGAGACGUGCGAUUCCUAUAACCUGGUGAUCGAAGCUUUGGACGGUGGUUCGCCGCCUCUCCGAGGCGAAAUGACGGUCAACAUCACUAUCCAGGACGUGAACGAUAACCCGCCGGUGUUUAACCAGACCCGGUACUUCGCCUCGGUGCCGGAAAACUCGACCGUGGGUACUGCCGUAAUGCAGGUGUCGGCCAGCGACGCGGAUAUCGGCGACAACAGCCGCGUGGAGUAUUCCAUCAACAGGCGACAGAGCGACAAGGAGACGAUGUUCAAGAUAGACGCCGCCACGGGCACGAUAAGCGUGAACAAACCGCUCGACUUUGAAACGAAAGAGUUGCACGAGUUGGUCGUCGUCGCCAGAGACCGGGGGCUGCAGCCGCUCGAGGCGACGACGUUCGUUUCGAUCAAAGUGGUGGACGUCAACGACAACCAGCCCACGAUCAACGUCAUUUUCCUGAGCGACGACGCGACGCCCAAAAUCAGCGAGUCGGCGCAACCGGGCGAGUUCGUCGCUAGGAUCAGCGUCCGGGAUCCUGACUCGAAGCAGGAUUACGCCAACGUUAACGUGACGCUGAGCGGCGGAGACGGCAAAUUCGGUCUGACCACCCGCGAUAACGUCGUGUACCUGGUGAUCGUGUCGUUGCCACUCGACAGGGAAUCGCAGCCCAAUUAUACGUUAAACGUUGUCGCGACGGAUACGGGGACGCCGCCCUUGCACGCGUCCAAAACUAUAAACCUUCGCGUGACCGACGUCAACGAUAACUCACCGAGAUUCGAAAGGGAUUCGUACGACGCGAACGUGAUGGAAGUGUCCGACCCGGGUACUUCGGUGGUGCGGGUAAUCGCGAGCGACGAGGACGACGGCGACAACGGCGUCGUAACGUACUCACUGAGGGACCCAAGGGGAUGGUUUCAAAUCGACCCGAAGAGCGGGUUGGUGACGACGCGCGCGCACGUCGAUUGCGAAACGGAUCCGUUGCCGAAACUAACUGUGGUGGCUACCGAUAACGGCUUCCCUCCGUUGUCGUCGACCGCGACGGUCCUGGUGACGAUACACGAUGUCAACGACAACGAACCGAUCUUCGAUCAAAGCUUUUACAACGUGUCGGUCGCCGAAAACGAAACGGAAGGGAAAUGUGUCCUGAAGGUCUCCGCUACUGACCCGGAUUGUGGGGUCAACGCAGUGGUGAGCUACACCCUGGGUGAUGGUUUCGCCAAACUAAAGGAAUUCAAAGUGCGCUCCGCCUCUGGCGAGAUAUGCAUCGGUGCGCCUCUGGACUAUGAAACUCGAAACAUGUACGAAUUUCCGGUGAUCGCCACCGACAGAGGCGGUUUGAGCACGACGGCGAUGGUGAAAAUUCAAGUGGCAGACGUCAACGACAACAGGCCCGUGUUUUAUCCUUCCGAGUACAACGUUUCGUUGAGGGACGGCGGCGCGUCAUCAUCCGCCACGACGCCGGUAGUCGUAGUGUCCGCGACAGACCCGGACUCGGGAAAAUUCGGCGCCGUCACCUACCGAAUAGUCGCCGGCAACGAGGCCGGUCUGUUCCGCAUAGAUCGCGCCACCGGCGAAAUAUUUGUCAACAGGCCGCACCAACUUUCCACCAGGAAUCAGCCGUACCAUCGGCUCAAAGUCAGCGCCACCGACGGCGCCAACUUGAAGUCGCUCAAGGACGCGGAAGUUUUUAUCAGCGUUAUCGAUUCGGCGCAGAAGCCGCCCAUCUUCGAGCAGCCGCGGUACACGUUUCACGCCGCAGAAGACGUCAAACGAGACUACGUCGUGGGCCACGUGAGGGCCAACGUCGUCGACGACGGCAGAAGUAAUGCACGCUAUUCCAUCUACUCCGGCGACCCCGACGGCUUUUUCAGAAUCGACGCGGUCAGCGGCGCCAUCAAAGUCGCCGGGCGUCUCGACCACGAGACCAGGUCGACGGUUUUGCUCAACGUCCAAGCGACCAGCGGAAAUCCACCGAUUUACGGACACACGCAGGUGAACAUUGACAUCGACGACAUCAACGACAACGUACCGGAGUUCGAAUCGGCGGUGGUGCGGAUAUCUGUACCGGAGAACGCCGAACUGGGCGUACCUUUUUACGCAGCUCACGCAAGCGACAAAGAUUCCGGCUCCAACGGGGUGGUACGGUACCGUCUCGCGUCCAACAACGGUGGCACGUUCAAGAUCGACCCCAAACUAGGCCACCUGACCCUCGCUAAACACCUGGACUUCGAAACGACCCAGAGACACACCCUCGUCGUCACCGCGACCGAUAGCGGCUCGCCGCCCCUUUCCGCCAACCUCACCGUCAUGAUCGAGGUGCAGGACAUGAACGACAAUCCACCGGUGUUCGAGAAGAACUCGUACACCCUGAACGUGAUGGAAUCGUUGCCGGUGAACUCCCAAAUCGCUCAAUUCACGGCCGUCGAUGCCGACACCGGCAACAACGCCAGGAUCACGUAUCGCCUAGUCACAGCUAACCGUUCCGUCGAAUCUGUCUUCGGAAUAUUCCCUAACAGCGGCUGGCUUUACCUGAAGGAGAACCUAGACAGGGAGGCCAUUGACGGGUACGGUUUCCUGGUGUCGGCUAAGGACAACGGUACUCCGUCACAAACGGCCACGGUCCAGGUGACGGUAGUGGUGCUGGACGCGAACGACAACGAUCCCGUGUUCGAUGAGGUGGCGUACGAGUUCCGCAUCGAGGAGAACCUCGCCAGAGGAGCUUCGGUAGGGAAGUUAAGGGCGCGGGACGAAGACGCGGGCGUCAACGCGGCCGUGCGGUACAGCCUCGCGCCUGCCAACGGCAGUUUCCAGAUCAAUUCCGUCACCGGCGAAAUAACGACCAAGGAGGUGUUGGAUCGCGAGGUGAAACCUCACCACGACCUGAUCGCCGAAGCCCGCGACCAAGGCGUGCCUCCGCGGAGCACGCGGGUCCCCGUAAAAAUAUCAAUACUGGACGUCAACGAUAACGCGCCCGAAAUUGUCGACCCUCAAGAGGACGUGGUGAGCGUGCGCGAGGAGCAGUCGCCCGGCACCGAAGUGGUGAAAAUACGGGCUAUUGAUCCGGACAACGGCGCCAACUCGUCCAUCACCUACUCCCUCAUCAAAACGGCAGACGAUUCGGACAGUUUCGUCAUCAACCCGACCACCGGAAUGAUCCGGACGCAAGUCGUCCUCGACCACGAAGAGAAAACGAUCUAUCGGCUAACGGUGGCCGCCACUGACGCGGGAACGCCCCCAAAACAAACAGUCAGGAUGCUCCGCGUGGAGGUGUUGGACCUAAACGACAAUAGACCCACGUUCACCAGCUCGAGCUUGACAUUUGUGGUGGGGGAAGACGCGAGGAUCGGUCAAGUCGUCGGUUCGGUAACGGAACCCGACGACGACGACGCGGAGAACGUAAUCGGAGGCAGCACGGCCGGUCACGUCACCUACACCAUGACCUCAGCGUCGUCGAUCGACGCCGACGCUUUCGAUAUCGAGCGCAACACUGGCAGGAUAGUAGUCGCGCGCGAGCUCGACAGAGAAACGCGCGCUGAAUAUAAACUGGACGUUAGGGCUUUGGACACCAGCGCCAUGAACAAUCCCCAGAGCAGCGCCAUCUCGGUGAAGAUCGAAGUGGCCGACGUCAACGAUAACGCUCCGAGGUGGCCGCAGGACCCCAUCACCGUCCAGGUGGGUGAGGAAACGGAACCUGGCACUUCCGUUUGCAAAUGCGGGGCUGUCGACGCCGACAGCGCCGCUAACGGGGAGCUGCGGUACCGCGUGUCAAGUCAGUUCCCGCGCGACGACCUCUUCUCCGUCGACCCCCUAACUGGCACGUUAACCCUUUCCAAGACCCUCGACUACGAAGCGGCCAAAGAGCAUAUUGUCGUGGUAGAAGCGACGGAUCAGGCGUCAAACGUUUCCGAACGUUUGAGCGGUCUCGUCACAGUCAGGGUAUCAGUUAUCGAUUACAACGACCACGCGCCGAAUUUCGUUUUCCCCCGCACCCGCACCGCCUUCAUAGACAAAGACAUCUCCGUGGGCAUGAUGGUCGCGCAUGUGGUGGCCGUCGACGACGACGCCGGCGACAACGGCCGGGUGACAUAUGUUAUGGCCGGGAGUAAGGACUCGUCGCUCUUCGCGCUGGGCUAUGACACCGGCUACGUUACGCUUGCCAAGCCACUUCCCGUUGCCACUGUCACGUACGUUCUGAACGUGACGGCGACAGACCACGGCAUACCUACCAGGCAAACGAGCACCGAACUGGAAUUGGUCGUACGUGACUCGUCCGACUAUCCGUCCAAGUUUCUGGACGCUGUCUAUGAAGCGGAUGUGCUCGAAAACGUCCCCACUGGGACCCACGUGGCGCAGCUCAGGACUGGCCAAAACAGGUCGAACGUCACCUACGUCAUUCCCGCGGGCGUCGCGGACGAUUCAUUCGAGGUUACGUCGCCCGGCGGCAAAAUCUUCACCAAGAAAACGCUCGACCGGGAGGCCGUCGACCGCUACACUUUCCCGGUGUACGCCAGCGACCACGACUCCGCCUUCUUCGACGUGACACGUGUAAAGGUGAUCGUGGUCGACGUCAACGACAAUGCUCCGACGUUCUUGUCCGGUUCGUGUUAUCGUCUGUCGAUACCGGAGAACGGCGCGGAGGCAGUCGUCCACACUGUGGUCGCCAAGGACGCCGAUUCCGGACCGAACGGCGACGUUUCUUACACGAUAUCCGGCGGCAACGCGAGGAGCAAGUUCAGCAUCGACCCGAAAACGGGCGACCUCACUGCCAGGUCGUUGGACAGGGAGGCGCAGUCCAGGUACCAGCUGACGGUGACUGCGCGCGAUCGCGGCACUCCACCGCUCUAUGGGCAAUGCAACGUGACUGUGUUCGUCGAGGAUCAAAACGACAACGAUCCGCUGUUCGACCUGUCCAAGUAUUCGACGACGAUACCGGAAGACGUACCCGUUGAUACAUCGGUGCUUAGGGUCCACGCGGUCGACGCCGACGCCGGCUUGAACGCCCGGAUCGUUUACUAUUUGGCCAACGAGAGUCACUGGUCGUUUCGCAUCGAUAACAAGACUGGGGUGAUUACGACCGCCGGAUUGUUCGACCGCGAACGCCAAAAAGAGUACAACUUCAUGGUGGUGGCGAUGGAUUGCGGCAAGUACAACACGCGCUCUGCCAAAGUGCCGGUGACCGUUCACAUCGGCGACGUCAAUGACAACAAGCCUAUCUUUACGGAGUACCCGUUCCGGCAGAAGGUGGCCGCCUACAUUCAGCCUGGCCAGACAAUCCUCAAGGUGACGGCGACAGACGUCGACGAGGGACCUAACGCCGACAUUGUGUACAACAUGGCUAGCGAUUCGGGCAAGUUCCGGAUCAACCCGAACACCGGGGUACUGACGGCGACGCAGUCUUUGGCCAGCAACAGCGGCAAAGUAAUUUUCCUCCAUAUAACCGCUACGGACAAGGGCAACCCGUCCAAAAGUUCCACCGGCCUAGUGGAAAUAGCGGUCGGCGACUUGCCAGUCGGCGCACCCCAGCUCCGCUUCCAGAACGAUUCGUACUAUGUAACCAUUCCCGAGAAUUUGGAACAGUUUCGGGACGUCGCCCAGGUGGGCGCAGUCCGUACGGACGGUCGACGCCAAAAGAUUUUGUACUCGUUCGGCACCGGAAACGAGGAGAACAUCUUCGUCAUCGGGGCGGAGUCAGGCAUGAUUCAGGUGCGCGAUCCGAAGAACUUGGACUAUGAGCUGCACCACGAAAUUCGUCUUGUGGUGGAAGCAAAGACCGAGGGCGGACCCGACCUGCACGGUUACUGUGACGUCACGAUUAGGUUGACCGAUCGGAACGACAACGCGCCCAAGUUUACGCAGCAGCAGUAUACCGCUUCGGUGUGGGAGGGGAACAAGAAGGGUUCAUUUGUGAUGCAGGUAGUCGCUUCCGACGCCGACCAGGACCGGAACUCGCGCAUACUUUACCACAUAGUUGACGGUAAUCACGACAACGCGUUCAAGAUCGAGCCCGCCUUCAGCGGCAUUCUCAAGACCAAUAUCGUCCUGGAUCGGGAGAUCAGAGACAACUAUCGUCUUACGGUAAUAGCGACCGACGAGGGCGUACCCCAAAUGACUGGUACGACCAAAGUGCGAGUCAACGUCGUCGAUGUUAAUGACAACAGGCCGACGUUUCCGCCGCGGAGCGUCGUUAAAGUCGGCGAGGACGCCGAGGUCGGUACCGUGCUGACGACAAUUACGGCCAACGACGUGGACACGUACCCCGAACUGACGUACAAUUUCACGUCGGACACUGACCCCGAGUACGUGCGGUACUUCGGCAUCGACCGGUACACCGGUAAGAUCCUCCUCAAGAGGAGGCUGGAUUUUGAGGCGUGGCAAGAGUACGAGCUAGGCGUGUCCGCGUCGGACGAGGUGCACGUCGCACGUACCACACUGACGAUCAAGGUCACGGACGUCAACGAUAACGCGCCUGUUUUCUCGCAGAUGGCGUACGAGGCGACGUUGCCGGACGUUCAGGCAACGACGACGUCGCUGACGGACGUCGUCGCGGUAAACGCUACCGAUCCGGACUCCGGGGGCAACGGUAUUGUUAGAUAUUCGAUCGUGAACCCCAGACCGAGCGUGUUUGUCGGUCCGGAAGACGGCAUCGUCAGGGUGAACGCCUCCAACGUUUCGUCAUCCGAGGAUAUCGUGAUCGCCGUCAAGGCAGAAGAUUCGGGCACGCCCAUCUUGCAUUCCGUCGCUACCGUCAGGAUCAAAGUGGGCGGACGUUCAGCAUUGGGUGGUCCCGGCAACGAAUACAAAACUAACGUCGCCGAAAACGCGACGGUCGGCACCGUCGUCGUCCAUCUAACUAAAGCUGCGGACAGGACGUCGUCCGAUUUCAAAAUCCUCUCCGGCAAUGACGACGACGUCUUCGAGAUAUCUUCGGGUGCGCUGACGCUCACGAAACGCCUGGACCGCGAACAGAAAGACGAAUAUGACAUCGUCGUGUCGCUGGACGGCGGCGCCGUAUCACUCGUCCACGUCCUGAUCACCGUCGAUGACGUCAACGACAACGCGCCUGUGUUCGUCGAAGCGGAUCGCGUCGAGACGGUUCCCGAAGACGUGCCCGUCGACGCUUCGAUAACGCGCGUGAGCGCGACCGACGCCGACGCCCCCGGCACCCCCAACGCGGACGUUAUCUUCGACAUCGCUUCCGGCGAUGCCGGCCGCCUUUUCCGCAUCGACUCUCAAACCGGCGUGCUAUACGUCAACUCGAUCUUGGACUACGACAGCGGCGACAUUGAGUACCACCUGGUGGUCAGGGCGUGCGACCGCGGCGAUCCGCCCCUCUGCUCGUUGAUCCCGACGACGAUCACCCUUGAAGACGUCAACGACAACGACCCGAUAUUCCCGUUCGCCGAGUACGUGGCCGGUCUGGAGGAGAACGAACCAGUCGGCACCGCCAUAUUUACCGCACGCGCCGUCGAUCUCGACAAAGGACCCUUCGGCAAGAUCAACUAUUCCAUCAACGGAGGCCCGGACGCCGCAUGGUUCGCCGUCGACGUCGAUUCCGGUAUCGUCAGUGCCGGCGUCUCGUUCGAUUACGAGCGUCGCACGAGAUACAAUUUUGCUGUGACGGCGACCGACGCGGGUGGCAAAUCUUCCACGGUCAAAGUCCAAGUGAACGUCGAGAGCAGGGACGAGUUUUACCCGCAGUUCACCGAGAGAACGUACCGAUACACUUUGGCCACGUCGGUACCGCUAAUCGUCGGUUACGUGGUCGGUUUCGUCGUCGCCACCGAUAAGGACAAAGGGCCGGACGGCCGAGUCGUUUACCAACUCACGGCGCAGCAUGCCCACUUCAAAAUCAACCGCACGUCGGGCGCUGUUCUCAUCAAAAGGAAACUGGACGACGCGUCUUUAGGCCGCGAGGUCAGUCUCGUGGUAUCGGCUAGUUCCGGCCGGCAGGGCUCCCUUACCAACAUGACCGUCGUCGAGAUCGUGCUCGACCCGCUGGCCGACCCGGGCACGAAUCUCGCUAUCAACGCGACGGUACCUCGGAGCGGCAUCUCCGACUGGGCUCUGGGCCUCGUCAUCUCGCUCGCGCUGCUCGUCGUCACCUUCGGCGCCGCUUUCGUUUUCCUCCACGUGCGGAACAAACGCAACCGGAAAAACAAUAAGCCGACUCUCGGCUCCGAGACUGUGUCGACGUCGAACAACUACGUCGACCCGAGCGCGUUCGACACCAUUAGGGGCGGAGCCGGGCCGAACCAGUUCGCGCCGCCCAAAUACGACGAGAUCCCGCCGUACGGGGCUGCCCAUCCGGCUAGUUCCAAUUCCGGCGCCGCCACCACUUCCGAAUUGUCUGGCUCGGAGCAGUCCGGCUCGAGCGGCAGGGGUUCGGCCGAGGACGGCGAGGACGGCGAGGACGAGGAGAUCCGGAUGAUAAACGAGGGCCCGUUGCAAAGAGACUCUGGUAUCCACCGGCAAAACGGCGACGACGAUGAUGACAACCUGUCGGACCUGUCCGUGAGGAACACGCAAGAGUAUCUCGCCCGGUUAGGCAUCGGCGCGCACGCACAGACGGCGACGCGACUGUGCUCGGACGCGAGAGCGGGCAGUAGCAAGGAAUCGCUGCACCACCACCAGCUGCGCAUGUUCGACGAGGAGGCGGCCAACGCGGAAAACGACAUCACGCAGUUGAUUUACGCGAAACUGAACGACGUUACCGGCAGCACCAGUUCGGCGGACGAAGGGGGCGGAGUCGGGGCUUCGAUGGACCACGUGAUGGCUAUCGGGGGUUACGGCGAAGUGCCGGCGGUCACGCACCAGCCGUCGAUGAACGGCUCGCUAAGCUCGAUCGUGCACAGCGAGGAAGAACUGGCCGGUAGUUACAACUGGGACUACCUGCUCGACUGGGGCCCGCAGUAUCAGCCGCUGGCGCAUGUCUUCUCCGAAAUAGCGCGGCUCAAGGAUGACGCGGCGGCGGCGUCGUCGUCGGUGCACAGCGGAGCGAGCGCCGCGUCGAGCGUCAAGAGCAAAACGUCGGUGGCAAAGUCGGUGCCGCCGCCACUCAUCACCAGCGUCGCGCCAAGAUCGAUUGCGAUGCCGGCACUGAGUGCUCGCGCCGCCGGCCACGCUCAGAUGGUGAUGCUGCCUCGGUCGCCGAUCAACCACGACGCCUCCGGUACGACGUUCAGCACGUCGACGGCGAUGUCACCCAGCUUUUCGCCGUCGCUAUCGCCUCUCGCGACCAAAUCGCCGUCGAUAUCGCCGCUGGUGGCACCCGGGUUGUCGACCGCGCACCACGUCAUGGCGAGACAGCAACAGCCGCCGACCAGAGGCAAAACUGUCGUGGACGCGGAGUUAAGGUUAUAGUGAUGCGCGAAGUUGAGUUAAUGGUCGCGCGAAUACGCAGACUCGGAAGCGAAACCGUCUGUCCUGCAACGGCUCGAUAGCGGAAUAACCAUUGACCCCUUUAAUGCACUUGACAUAUGUUCUUUUGGUGAAUUUUGAAAAAAAUUAUCCCCAGAAUGAAAAGUGGCGUCCAAGUUUGAUCGAAUCGAUCGAAAAAUGCGGACAGAUCCCCGCCUGGAAAUUUAGUUUCUUUUACGAAUUUCUCGAUUAUUAUAGCGACGCGAACUUGGCUGCGUAUUCAUGAGUCCUAGUGCUCUCUGUCUCACUCGUCGUCGAAACGUGUGUGUGACGUAACAAGAUCCGCGUUUGCGAUUUGGCUGUGCUACACGAUAAAUAUACCGUUUAUUUAGAGACUGAUAAUAUACCGAUUGUAAAUAUAUUUUUUUCCAAUGUCGAGAUAGUGCUCACCCCCGGACGGACUUCCGUCUUUGCCAUUUUUUUAGCAGUAAGACGACUUUCGUGUAACAUAAUAUCCACAUUAAAUUAUUGUCGCUGCACAUGUAAAUAUUUGUCGCUGUGUUAGUUCAUUUUCGUCUCGCCGAAUUUAGCGAGUGCGAUAAGUACUCGAACUUCGAUCGAGUUGUUAACCAAAUUUUCCUAUUUUUGCGAAUCGUAUGUAAUAUUUUGUCGUGAAACGUAUGUGAAAUGUAAAAAUGUACAAAU